AUGGGCGGACGGGCGAGCAACGCGAGAUUGGCUACACCGGCCGUUGGGAACGGCUCCUUUGGCGUUUUCCUCAGCGCUCAACUAGUCGUUGGAUCCGUCCAUCCCUCUGGCAAAGAAGAGGUCGCGAUCAAGAAAGUCUUGCAAGAUAAACAAUUCAAAAUAAGGCGAGCCACUCCUAUCCAAGCUCCUAGAGUAUUGAUAUUCUUGGUUGCUUACAUCACCCCCCCAUACGAUCCUCGGCAGGCAAAGCGCAAUGAAGUCUUUUUGAACUUGGUGAUUGAGGAUGUGCCCGAAACCGUGUACCGGGCCUCCCGCCACUCCUCCAAAUUAAAGCAGGUCAUGCCGAUCUUGAACAUCAAGCUAUACGUCUAUCAGCUCUUGCAAUCGCUAGCCUACGUCCACUCGCUUGGAAUAUGCCAUCGAGACAUCAAGCCUCAGAACUUGUUAUUAAACCCCUCGACUGGAGUGCUUGAGUCGUGUGAUUUUGGAUCAGCAAAGAUCUUGGUGGCUGGAGAACCGAACCUCAGUUUGUUCAAGGUACUACCGAGCACCAAAGCUGAUUUUUGGGGCAACCAACUACACCACUAA